ACGAGGGAGGAGCUCGGAGCUCGGGGAAGGUAGCGAUGAAUAAGAGGCAGCGAGCCCGCCGCCGCUGGAGGUUGCAGUGCAGCGCUUACACAACGAGCUACACACAUGGGUGUCGGGGCUCAGACCGCACAGGACGGGCUGCUGUCGCCGUCCGCUGCCCAGGAGCAGAAAGCAAGAGUGGAGAGCGAGUGGGGAGCCGAGACUCCGGGCAGGGAGGUCGGAUCCAACCAGCGGCAGGUCAGGGAGACAUGGAGUCGCCGGCUGGAGUUCACCUUGGCCUGUGUCGGCUACGCGGUGGGACUGGGCAACGUGUGGAGGUUCCCCUAUCUGUGUUAUCGAAGCGGCGGAGGUGCCUUCAUCAUCCCGUACCUGGUCAUGGUCCUGCUGUGUGGGAUCCCGCUGCUUCUCAUGGAAUACACCAUCGGACAGUACACGAGCUUGGGGCCCGUCCACGCCUUGGCUAAAAUCUGCCCUCUACUCAAAGGUGUCGGCGUGGCAACGGUUGUCAUUUCAUUCUUGCUUUGUACUUAUUACAAUGUUAUAAUCACGUGGGCUCUGUACUACCUCUUCAACUCCUUCCGGGCCACAUUUCCCUGGCAAAGCUGCAACAACACGUGGAACGUGGUGGAAAAUUGCUCGGAUGGAUUUGCUAGGAACGCCACCCAUCUCGAAUCCGCCAGUCAGCAGUUUUUUGAUUACAGGUUGCUGGGGAUGAGCAGUGGGAUCGAGCAGCUCGGCAACAUGCAGUGGAACCUGUUUGGCCUUCUGAUCUUAUCUUGGAUCAUUGUUUAUUUCUGUAUAUUCAAAGGAGUCAAAUCAUCUGGAAAGGUGGUGUAUUUCACAGCCAUAUUUCCGUACAUCAUCUUAAUGAUCCUGCUGAUCAAUAAUGUCCAGCUUCCAGGAGCCAAGGAUGGGAUUCUCUUCUUCCUCACGCCCGACUGGAGCAAGCUGCUGGAUGUCCAGGUCUGGGUGAAUGCUGCCGCACAGAUUUUUAACUCGCUUGGAAUCGGAUUUGGCUCCAUGAUAUCCAUGGCCAGUUACAACAAAUUCAAUAACAACAUCCUCAGGGAUACAUUCAUUGUGGCAGUGAUAAACUCGGUCACAAGUAUCUUUGCAGGAUUAGUGAUUUUCUCUGCCAUUGGGUACAUGAGCCACCUGCACAAUUUACCUGUUGAAGACAUUGCCACUGAUGGCCCGGGCCUAGUGUUUGUCGUGUAUCCGGAGGCCUUUGUAACCAUGCCAAUUGCCCCGAUGUGGGCCAGUCUGUUCUUCUUCAUGCUCCUCUGCCUGGGAGUGGACAGCCAGUUCGCCAUGGUGGAGGUGAUGGUGGUCAGUCUGAUGGACAAUUGGGGGUCGAGUCUGCUGCAAUUUUUCAGACGCAAAGAACUCGUGGUUCUUGCUGUGUGUUGUGUGGCCUUUUUGCUUGGAAUUCCCAACGUCACACAGGGCGGAAUUUAUUUCUUCCAACUAAUGGAUCAUUACACAGCCGUGGUGUCACUCAUGUUCCUGGCUUUCUUUGAAGUUUUGGCCGUUUGUUGGUUUUAUGGUGUUCGUAGAUUAUCUGCCAACUACAAGGAGAUGUUGGGAACUGAACCAAAUUUAUUUUUCAAGCUGUGCUGGUGGGUUGUCUCUCCACUGCUGGUCACAGUUAUCCUGGUGUCCAGCAUAGUCCGCUAUAGUCCUGCCCGAUACGGUCAAACAUACAAGUACCCCCCUUGGGCUGAGGGCCUCGGCUGGAUCAUCUCCCUCUGUUCCAUCAUCUGGAUCCCACUGGCAGCUGUGCACACCCUGUACACCAGCAAAGGCUCAUUUAUUCAGCGUCUGAGAUCUUCGAUAACUCCCAUCGGUGAGAUGGCAGCAGCAGGAAGCAAGGAGCCGGCGAUCAAAUUGAAGCUAGAAAUGUACAAGCCUCCGUGUUCCAUCAGCUUCACUGACAACAUGAAGCUUGCUGAAGAAAGCAACAUGUGAAUUUUAUUUAUUUAAUUGAGAGAAGCUUCAUGGACUCGGUGCUGAGGAAACUGGUUUUACGGAGUUGUAUAUUGCUUUCAGUAUCAACCCCGAGAACACAAAGUGUCAUGCCUUGGUGACGGACUAUUACCUUCUAGGUUUAGCUGUGUGUAAUUAACUGUUCUGUCCCUGUGUGAGAAGAUUUCCAGGGAGUGCAGUGGUCUUUAGCAGUGAGUUUAGUUGGUGAGUGGGUACCUGUCAAUGCUAAGGAACGAAGAACAUCAACAAGGCUCGGUGAAACGGUGUUGCCUCUGGGAUUAUUUAUGGAAAGUUAUAUUUAAAACAAUCGUGCAACAUGCGUAGGUGGAAUGAAGGCCUUUUGACGUGCGUCGUGGAUAAGAACCGCAGUUGUCACCGUGACUGGUCCCAGUCCCUGUUUUGAAUUCUUAAUAAUUUGCCGUGGGACCUGCUCCAAAGAAGAGAACCUACAAUCCAAAGAUAUGACUAAUUUCCCACGCAGUGUACAUGAAGCAGAAUUGUAUGACUCGCCAUUCCAUUACAGAAGCCUUGGUGAAAAUGCUUUAAGAACACUAUCGGUGACUGGCGAUCACUGAUGCCUAAUUCCUCCUGCUGCUUCUGAACGGUGCCUCCAAUGCCACCAUGCGUGAUGGUUUAGAAGUGUUCUUGCUGACAAUCACUAGCCAAAGCGAUCUCAUUGAAGAUCCGAACUUUAACGUUAAUAGGAGUAUCCACAUCUACUGGUUUCAACACUCCUGGAAGCGCUGCAGAUCUGCAUUUCCACUGCCAGAGGGUGAAGUGUUUGGUUCUGAAUGACACAGCCUGCUGAGCACUAGAGAAUAAAAGGAAGUGCCUUUGGAAAGGUGAUCAGAAGGAAUUUCUUUAGUUAGCUGGUGAUGAAUCUGUGGAAUUCAUUGCCACAGACGGCUGUGGAGGCCAAGUCGAUGGAUAUUUUUUAGGCGAUUAACAGAGUCUUGAUUAGUAAGGGUGUCAGAGAUUAUGGGGCGAAGGCAGGAGAAUGGGGUCGAGAGGGAGAGCUGGAUCAGCCAUGAUUGAAUGGAGGAGUAGACUUGAUGGGCUGAAUUGCCUAAUUCUGUUCCUAGAAAAUAUGAACGACGCCCAGUUAAUUGGUGCUCAGUAGGGAAUUAACACCUUGAUGGGAAUGUGUUUGAAGCUGGUUAACAAAGAUUGAACUUCUCCUGCAUCUGGGAGAAUGUGAGGCCUUUAAUUACACCCUUCACACUGCUCUGAUAGCUUAUUUACCAUAACCUUUUUUUUGUAAUAAAAUCCAUUCUUCUGCAAUUUACAAAUGGAUUUCUGAUGCGCGACAGAAAAUGGUGAACACUACUUAAAAUCAGGCUGAACAUGCAUCUUCAGAAAAUCAAAUGAGAUUUGCGUCUAAUUUUAACCAGAAUCCAUAAUGUGUUUGUUGUAAUUGUGUAAACUACAAUAUUUUAGUUUCCAAUCCAAUGUUGUUUUAUUCUGAGACUAUGAUAUAUAUUGGCACGAGUAUACCGGUCCCUUAAAUGUUU